AUGACAAUCACCUUUGCCAUUGCAACGGUAACAUUGGCUGCACCAAUCGAACUUACAAAAAGAAGGUUUGGACAAGAACAUACGGCACGUGCUGACGGUGAUUUCCAAAAAAUGAAAGAUAUCGCUCAAGGUACUGGAUUCGAAGCACAGCUUGGCGAUCUAUCUGGUGCUGCUGUUAGAGCUUUACUAGCAAAAGCGCCAGCAUGCGAUCAGCAAGAUGUAGCAGACCAAACAAUUGAUAUUGCAAGACAAAUUGGACUUCAAGGCAAAUCAGAUAGUAAACAAAAAGAAAAAGACUUGAUCGAAGUAGCCAAAGAUUAUCGUACACUUGAGAGGAAUACUCCAAAUGUUGGACAACCAUCCGAACUAUGCACUAAAAAUUCGGAAUUAAAUGGUUUGGUACAAGCACAAGAUCCAACUGGCUCACCACCAGCUGAUCCACCAGCUGAUCCAGCUGAUCCACCAGCUGAUCCAGCUGAUCCACCAGCUGAUCCAGCUGAUCCACCAGCUGAUCCAGCUGACCCACCAGCUGAUCCAGCUGACCCACCAGCUGAUCCAGCUAACCCACCAGCUGAUCCAGCUGAUCCACCAGCUGAACCAGCUGAUCCACCAGCUGAUCCAGCUGAUCCAGCUAACCCAAAAGAUGCUACUACUCCAGGUACAAUAAUUACCGUUGACAAUACGGCAUUUACUGCUCCAUUAGGAAAUAUUGCACCACCCGAAAUUGUGGUGAACGCAGAUGGUAAUCCCUCGGUGAAUGGAGACAGAUUUUUGCAACUGAAUAAUGCCAUUCAACGUGCAUGUGACGUCCAGAAAAACCAAUGUUUCAACCAAUUUAAUUCGGGAGAUCGUAGCUUCUCUGGAGGCGAUUGUGAAAAUCAACGUUCUACAUGCCAAACUGGCACUGUUGUCUUUAAUUGA